AUGCCUUCCAUCUUGGUGUUUCUCUAUCUUUCUUUUCCUGGGCUUGGGGCCUUGGAAUCCCUUAGGUGUCCCCCGGGGGGUCACUCCUGCCUGGCCUUCAUCACCCCCAACCCAACCACUCUAUCUUGCCCUACCAAAGACUCCACCUGGUUCUUCCAGCCCCUAUCCCAUCCCUUCCCCAGGAAGAAGCUGGUGGUCCCAGAGGUCAGUGGGGACCUCCAUCUACUACACACCUCCACAGACCAAUCAGGCACCUAUAGCUGCCAAGAUGAGGCAGGUAACACCAGGGCAGUGUACAACGUGGACUUCCAGGAUGGGGCCAAGCUCUAUCUCAGCCACAGUGGGCUGGAACAACAACCCCUGAGGAACCAGACGGUGGGAAAUAUCACCCAGUGGACACUCUUUACCCGGUGGGGGCCCUGGCAGGCUUGUGACCACUGUGGCGUUCAGGGGGAACGGAAGCGCGUGGGCCUCUGCUAUGCCACGAGAUCGGACCAUGGGCUGCCCUGUGGGCUGGCCGACCUUAGCCCACAAAAGCUCCAACGGGGGCCUGAGCUGCAGAUCGAAAGCUGCUUUGUCCCCUGUGAGCACAACAGCCCUGAAUCCACCGUGGUGCUUUAUGGGACUUACAAGCUGGAAGAAAACAGCACUGUCUGGCUCAGCUGUCCCUUUGCCACCAUCUACAGGCCAGUGAGCUGGGAGUCUGACAACAUCUCCCCAACCUGGCUGCAGCAGCUGGCUCCCAACAACUCAGGCCCGAUCCUGGACCUCCCCUCCGGAGGCAGCCGCCUGCAGGUGUCCACUUCUGGCACUUACCGAUGCUACGUGGGCCGCAAGCUGGUGGGGCGCUUUGAUCCCACCCGGACCCACAACACACCGGUGGCGCCCGCCCGGUCUGAGUUUGUCCACAUCUACUCCGUGAUUGAGACUGUCAUGGUCAUGGCUGUGUUGCUGCUAAUUCUGCUCAGUUUCAUCCAAAUGUGCAGGACCAAGCUGAACACUAAUGUCUACGGAUGA